AUGGCCUAUAAUAACAGUAUGUACCCCAUUGAUGAUAACGUACUCCCUCACCCGUCCCUACGGGACGAUCCCACUCACAAUAUACUAACAUACCAUCACCGAACACAAACCAGCAGGCCACAGGUUCGAACGACUCAAACAGACAAUUAUAGGACCAACAGCAGGAAGAGGGCGUACCCGCACAACGGAGACCCUCAACCAGGGGAACUAGCAGAACAGCCUCCGAAGGGCGGCGGCAGACCGAAACAGAACCAGAACCAGAACCAGAACCAGAACCAGCAGCGCAGUGCGAACGCCCGCCGACGCGCGAACAAGAAACAGCACUUCAGACCGAAUACACAGCACCAGUCCCGGUACGAGGGGGCACAGACGGACUCGUCCAGGCAACGAUAUACACCGAAACAGAGGGGCCAGCCAAUAGCGAGGAGCCGGCCCACGUCGACACAAACACAAGCACCACCACCAUUGUCGGAGGAUGAGUUCUUGUCACACUUGCCCAAGGGACCCAAAUUGGGUAGCAAUGCUGCACCAGGGCAGAGUAAUACUACAUAUAACAGCACCCAAGCGGGUGCAAGGACACUGACAUUGCCUAGGGGCCCCGCUGCCCCUGCUCCAACUCCUGCUCUUCCAGAACGCAAAUACCCGCGUGUCCCCGCGAUGCUCUCACAAACCAGGGAGGCUUCAGUGUAUGAGCGGAUCCUCCAAGUCGGCGAGGGUACCUACGGGAAAGUGUACAAGGCGAAGAACUCGUUGACGGGCGGGCUCGUCGCUUUGAAGAAACUAAGACUGCAAAGCGAGCGGGAGGGCUUCCCAAUUACCUCGAUCCGUGAGAUCAAGUUGCUCCAGUCUUUUGACCACGAGAACGUCUCCAAUAUCAGAGAGAUUAUGGUCGAGUCCUCCAAGGUCAUAUACAUGAUCUUCGACUACGCGGACAACGAUCUAGGCGGGAUCCUCCUCAACAACUCUCUAAAGUUGUCCGAUGCACAACGCAAACACGUCACAAGGCAGCUGCUCGAAGGGUGCAAGUACCUCCACGAACAGAGAGUCAUCCACAGGGACAUCAAGGGGUCCAACAUCCUUAUAGACAACGACGGCCGCUUAAAGAUUACAGAUUUCGGCCUCGCGAGACGCAUGGCACCCUCCCAUGGCAACAACGGACAGGGAUACACCAACAGAGUGAUCACUCUGUGGUACAGGCCGCCAGAAUUGCUUCUGGGGACCACCCACUACGGCACAGAGGUAGACAUGUGGGGGUGUGGCUGUCUCCUGUUAGAAAUGUUUUACGGGAAGGCCGUAUUCCAAGGUGCAAACGAGCUUGAGCAACUCAUCGCAGUGUUUCAAUUACUAGGGACGCCAACACCAGCUGCAUUCCCGCAAUUGUUCGAUAUGCCCUGGUUCUUCAUGGUCAUGCCACUGAUAAAGAAGAAGUACGCGGAUGUCUUCCACGAUACGUUCGCGCACUUGCUUCCCAGCGGCGCCGCUUUGGAACUCGCUCGCGGACUGCUAGACUACGACCAGAACAAGAGACUCACCGCAAAACAGGCCCUCCAGUGCGUAUACUUUACGGAAGACCCGCAGCCGGAACCUCUCAAGAUAGCGAGCGGGUCCGGCGGUGGGUGCCACGAGUACGAGAUAAAACUGGCCCGAAAACAGCAGAGGGAGAGGGAUAAGAAGGCGCAAAGGAGCACCUCCCGCGAGUGA